GCGGGAGUUUCAUCGGAAACAAGAGACACGCCCAAUGACUUCCGUUGUUAAUUUGGUCGUUCCUUCUUUCCGGGCGUCUCUCUGUGUUGUGUGUGGGAAUAAGUAAAAAGGAUGGCACAGAAUAAUUACUUCGGUUUUACACACGGCGGUACUCAAUAUGGAGCAACCAGUGCUGCUUAUCAGACUGGGCAAGCUGGAUAUGCAGUGACACCAGCAGCUACUGCUGCAACUUAUACUCAGAGACCUGCUGCUGCUGCAGCUACUGGGUACGAAACUUAUCAAGCUGCUGCUGCCGCAGCAGCCACUGGCACGACUUAUGCAGGUUUUGUUUCCCCUGUAGCAGCAAACCCUGGUACGGUAGCUCAAACAUACGACUACGGAUACGGACGCGCUGCACCAGCGGCGACGUACGACGCAACUAAAACUUACUAUCAACAACCAGCUGCCGCGGCAGCUGCUGCAACUUACACAACUACUGAGACUCACUAUCAAGCUGCUAAACCAGCUUACAGUACUACGAGUGCUUACACCGGUACUGCUCGUCAAGCAACAACUACUGGACAAGCUAAAACUUAUCAAGCAGCAAGUACCGCUUAUCAGCAAUCAAAUCCUACACAAAACGCAACUUAUUCAUCUGGUUAUACUGCACCAGCUACUCCAGCUGCUACUCCCACUGCUGCCACUAACAAAACGGCAAGUACAGCAUAUUCCGGGUAUGACGCAGCGCUUUAUAGCGCUGCGACAAUGUACGUAGCCCAACAGAGUGCAAACAGCAACAAUACAACUAACCAGAAGACUGGAGGUUGGCAGGGCUACGGACGUAAAGGAUUUGGAGCCGGCGGAAGUGGAAUGAAGAGUAUGAGAGCCAAGCCGCCACCAAAACCACAGCAAUUACACUAUUGCGAUGUGUGUAAAAUCAGCUGCGCUGGGCCCCAGACUUAUCGCGAGCACUUGGAGGGUCAAAAACAUAAGAAAAAAGAGGCGUCGAUGAAGGUACCACAACAACCCCCGGCGCGGGGCGCUGGUAACUCACUCAGAUGUGAAUUGUGUGAUGUUACUUGUACUGGUAAUGACGCUUACGCUGCACAUAUUCGUGGAGCGAAGCACCAAAAAGUCGUUAAACUUCACACGAAACUUGGUAAGCCGAUUCCCAGUGCUGAUCCAACUGUACUCAAUCCAAAACCUGCUGCUGCUGCUAAAGCUGCUGUUGCUGGUAGUGCUGCUACCGCUGGCACCGCUGCUAAAAAAUCGACGGUUACUGCUACUCCUAAAAUUAAUUUUGUUGCAUCUGGAAAUCUUGGUACAGUGAAUCAAAAUCCAGCAGCAGAAGUUAAAACAGAGGAAGCUGCUGUAGAAGAAGCUGUUGAAGAAUCAAUAAUUGAAGAAAAAGAUAUUCAGCCAGUGGGACAAGAAUAUAUUGAAGAGAACAAAUCUGAAGAUGGAAAAAUAAUAAGUUUUAAUUGUAAAUUAUGCGAGUGUCGAUUUAAUGAUCCUAAUGCCAAAGACAUGCACAUGAAAGGCCGACGUCAUCGAUUCGCUUACAAGAAAAAAGUCAACCCAGACUUGGUCGUUGACAUAAAACCGAGUUUAAAGCAACGUAAGAUGUUAGAAGAAAAGCAUCGCCGUCAGCAAGCACGUGAAGAAUUUUCACGACGUCGCGAAGAAAUGAAUCAGAUGGGUCCGAUGGGCAUGAUGGGCCCAAUGAUGGAUGAGGAAAUGAUUUACUGGGAAGAGCGUCGUCGUUAUGAGGAAGAGUGCGAGUACUACGAGUGGUACCGUCGUUGCGGACGUGGUCCAGGUGCACCUCCAAUGCCACCGCGUCCAUUUCCUGGUCCACCUGGCAUGAUGUUCUCUGUUGUACCUCGUAGAUCUGAUGACAAACACGUUGAUGCUCAUCACUCGAGUAUUUACCCAAAAGAAGAAGAACUGCAAGCCGUUAAAAAAAUUGUUUCACAUACUGAGAAAGCUUUGAAAUUAGUUUCUGAUGUCCUCGCUGAAGCUAAUAAAAAAAUGCUGCCAGCAGGAAAUACACCAACACCUGCAGUAACUACUGAAGUGAAAAAAGAGGACGGUGAUAAAAAAAAAGAUAAUGACACAACUAACACAUUUUCAUCUCCAAAAGAAAAAGAAGACUCACGUGUUAUUCGCGAUGUCAUGCGCGUCGGUAGUUUAGCUAAAGGAUUAUUAUUAUCUGGCGACAAUCAUGUCUGUCUCGUUGUUUUAUGUGCUGAGAAACCUACCAAGACAUUAUUAAAUAAAGUUGCUGAAAUUUUACCAUCACAAUUAAAAAUAGUUGCUCCAGAAGAAACUUACAACGUCGGUAAACAUCCAGAAUCUGCGGCACUAACAGUUUCCGGUGGUACUGUAACAGUCAGUGUCACAUUAACAAGUCCGCUGAUGCGUGAAACAGCUAAACCACCAGCAACAGCAGCGUGUUGUGCUUUCUUUGUUGGGAUCUCAGAUAAUGCUGGACAGCAGCAGGGAGCUGCUCAACCGCAAACAACGCCCGCGAUGCCCGCAGUGACGAAACCAGACCCACCAGAUGUACUUCCCAAGGCUAAGUGUUUGGAGGCUUUAGCUCAACUCAGGCAUGCCAAGUGGUUUCAGGCUCGAGCAUCAUCACUGCAGAACUGCGUUAUUAUUAUACGUAUUAUGCGCGAUCUUUGUAAUCGUGUACCGACAUGGGGACCACUUAAUCCAUGGGCACUGGAACUGCUCACUGAGAAAGUUAUCAAUACUGCUGGUUGUCCAUUAAGUCUUGGAGAAGCUUUACGUCGUUUACUUGAAUGUGUUGCUGGUGGUAUUUUACUACCAGGUUCUCCAGGAAUAGCAGAUCCGUGUGAAAAAGAACCAACGGAUGCAAUAGGCAACAUGACAGCUCAACAACGUGAAGAUAUAACAGCUUCAGCUCAACACGCGUUACGUUUAGUUGCAUUCCGUCAAAUUCACAAAGUACUUGGUAUGGAGCAAUUACCGCCGCCAAAACAUAAAGGACGUUUUCCUCGAAAACGUAGACGUGACAACAGUAACGGUGAAGGUAACGACUGUGAGGCUUCGAAAAAAGAUAAAAAGGCCGAAGAAACUAAAAUGGAAACAGACUCGAAGUAAUAAAUAUUACUUGAGUGCGAUAAUUCAUUAAAAUACACUAAUUUAAUAAUAAUAAUAAUAAUAAUAAUAAUAAUAAUAAUAAUAAUAAUAAAAAUAAAUAUUAUAAGUAAAUAACUCAUUUAAUAUGUUUACUAUCAAUUAACUUGACUCGCCAACAAUUGAUUUAUUAAUUGAAAUUUAACGUUUCACUUUUUGAAAAUUGACUUUAAAUAAAUAUAUAUUAAUAAUAUAUCAAUUUGAUUAGAAAAAUAGAAAAAAAUCAGUUGCAUUUUUGUGUGGAGAACGAAAUUUCCGUAUAAACGCGUAUCUACGAGGCGAUAUUUGAAUUUAAGAAAAAAAUUGCUGAUAUUUAAUGUUAGGAGUUUUAAUUUAAAAAGACAUUGUCAAUUUGUAGUCAUACUGUUAAGAAUGAUCAAAAGUAAAAAAAAAAUAAAUUAUUAAUAAAUAUAUUAAUGGACUUAAUUAAUUGAUUAAUAAAAAAACAGUAGUAUUGAAUCUUGUGCACGUGUGUUUAGUAAUAAAUAUUUAAUAAUUACUAAAUAAUAAUAAAAUAAUUUUAAUCAAGUACGUAAAUACGGAAAGUCCGCAAAUACACUAAAAGUUUUUUUAAAAUGAUUUACUAACGAAAGAGAAUCGUUUAUGAUUAUUUAUGUAAUAAAUGUAGUAAUUUGAAUUGUUUAUUAUAAUUAUAAUAAUAAUUAUCUGAGAUGAUUGAUGAGUAAUCAACUUGCUUGAGAAAGUUGAAAAUAAAGCAAGGCGAGUUUUAAGUUUAGUUUAUUGAUUGAAUUUAAGAUCAUUGUCGUUACAGGUAUCUUAUGUAUUUUUAAAUCUUAUGAUUUAAUUAAUAAAAAUUAUGAAAAUUUAUGAAA